GAGAUAUUUGGUGAAAAAACCAGAAGAAAAAAAAUUACAUGCAUAACCCUCAUUUUGCACGGAAAUUAUACCACCAUUUAUUUGAUUUUUGAUUACCCAUCUCGAUUUUUGUUUCAUUCCUCAAUUACCCCUUGUACUCAAUCAAUGCCAUUCAUUUUAUUUUAUUUUUCGGGUUUUGUUUCUCAUUUUCACCUAUUUUCUUAAUUCUCGUGAAAAAUACCAUUUAAAACAAAAAAAAAAUAAAAAAGAAAAAAAAAUAAUGACAGAGGGAUAAUGAAAAUCACUAUUGGACAAAAUGAUCAAUUUUCCCCACCCAAGCAUAAAACUGAACAAUAAAAAACCCCCUUCAUUUGUUCCAUUUUCCCUCUUUUGGAGCAUAUAAUAACACUCCUAAAUAACAAGUAGAAAGCUUUACACUGAAGCCAAUUACUUUGUGGUAGUCGUGGACUCUGCUCAAAACGUUCCAUAUACAUGAACCAAAUUGAUUUAAAAGAUUUCAAACUAGUGUGUGGUUCCCUUUUGAUCUUAUCCCCACCUACAAUGAGCAAAGUACACCCAUCCACCUCUAACCUUAAGGAUAAAAAUACAAAUGGUUUUAAGUAAGUACAUUUCUCCUGUUAUCUUAAAAAAACAUCUGUGGCUUAGAACCAUGGCCACUGAAAACGAUGGAUUUUCCGAAGCCCCACCAUUCUGGUCAGAGCUAAAGCUUCCGAGCUUGCUCUCCGUCAAUAGAGUUCAGAAACUUCAUGCAGCCAUUGAGAGUGACUGGAAUCCCCUACAACGUACAGCAUGCCAAACUGCAGCUGGAAGGGCCUUGUGGAAGCAUGUGACAAAUGACAUGCUAGCAGAAUUACUUGCAGGAGAGAGUCAGCUUACAAGCUUUUAUGAGAAGAUACGGAAAGACUGCCUCAACCAAGCCCGUGAAGUCUCUGGCGUGAUCCUUGCAGUUCGAACCCUCUGGUUUGAUUCAAAACUUGAAGCUGCAGUUAGUUUUUUCAACAAUGAUGUGUUGCAGGUUGUUCUCCUUGGUGCAGGUAUGGACACAAGAGCAUAUCGGCUAGAUUGCUUGAUGAAUAGCCACGUCUUUGAGGUAGAUUUUCCUCAAGUCCUGCAAGUGAAGGCAUCUCUUCUACAGGAAGCAAUGGUACCCAAGGAAGACCAGCAAGAAAUGGAAAUGAAAGCUAAGAUGCUAACCAGAGUGGAAGCUGACAUCACAGGGCAUGAUUGGCUGGAAAAGCUUCAAAAUUCAGGAUUUGAGCCGGAGAAGAAUACUGUGUGGAUUCUUGAAGGAAUUCUCUACUAUCUGUCCAAUUGUGAUGCUAUCGACGUGCUAAAGACCAUAGCUUCCCACAGUACUCUUACUACUACUGUGUUACUGGCAGAUUUCAUGAACAAACAAUCAACCAUGCUUUCAAAGUCUACUUUUCAAUUCCACUGUGAUUGGCCAGAUGAACUCCUACCUUCUUUAGGAUUUUCAGAUGUAAAGCUAUCACAAAUUGGUGAUCCAGACGCCCAUUUUGGGCUUCUGAAUGAUCCAUUGAAUAUGUUUGAUAAACUCCGCACCAUACCAAGGUCAGUCGAAGUAAACCCAGAGGAUGGAACACCAUGCUGUCGCCUGUAUCUAGUACAAGCUUCUAAAUUUCCAAUUAGAACAGCUAAUUGAUCAUAUUGUAAACUGAUACAUAAACUGAUAAGUCUCUAUGUCUUCACAUAUGGUGAGAGAAGUUCGAAAAGAA